CAAACGGAUUUCUUCCACUCAUUUCUAACACAUUCAUCUUCUGUGAGAGUGUUAUAAGAUAUAGUGCGCGACAGUAAUUAACCUCUGAUAAAGCCAACAGGAGUGCGCUCGGCUCUAUUUUCCCACGCGGAGGAGUGCGUCCCGGAGCUCAGAUAAGUUGCUUAGAGUGAAUCUGAGAGAGAGACAGCGAGCAGAUACACGAUCAUUCACGGAAUAUUCGCGUCUAACGGAUCUGCAGUUCAACAGUUCAGAGGAGGAGCACACAAACACACCUAACUCUUCAUCUGCGCCCCUCAUCUUCCUCCAAUCCGUGUUGUCCGGCUCGUAGCUGUGGAGAAUGGCCCAGAAUUUACCCAUCCGCUUCCAGGAGCAUCUGCAGCUGCAGACUCUGGGAGUGAAUGCGGCCAGCAUCGGCUUUAGCUGUUUGACGAUGGAGUCCGACCGCUUCAUCUGCAUCAGAGAGAAGGUGGGCGAACAGAACCAGGUGGUCAUCAUCGACCUGAGCGACCCCACCAACCCGAUCCGACGGCCCAUAACAGCAGACAGCGCCAUCAUGAACCCCGCCAGCAAAGUCAUUGCGCUGAAAGCGGCUCGGACGCUCCAGAUCUUCAACAUGGAGAUGAGGAGUAAAGUUAAAGCUCACACCAUGACAGAUGAAGUGUUGUUCUGGAAGUGGAUCUCUGUGAACACGAUCGCCCUGGUUACUGACACUGCCGUUUACCAUUGGAGCAUGGAGGGAGACUCUCAGCCAAUCAAAAUGUUUGAUCGCCAUGCCAGUUUGGCAGGAUGUCAGAUUAUCAACUACAGAACAGACGAACAGCAGAAAUGGCUGCUACUCAUAGGAAUAUCAGCACAGCAAAAUCGGGUCAUAGGGGCGAUGCAGUUGUACUCUGUGGAUCGUAAAGUGUCUCAGCCCAUCGAGGGUCACGCCGCAGCGUUUGGACUCUAUAAACUGGAGGGAAACUUAAACACUUCAACACUCUUCUGUUUUGCUGUCAGGGGCCAGGCUGGAGGCAAGCUUCACAUCAUUGAGGUGGGGCAACCUCAGACCGGUAACCAGCCGUUCACUAAGAAAGCAGUGGAUGUGUUUUUCCCACCUGAAGCACAGACAGACUUCCCUGUGGCCAUGCAGAUCGGUACUAAACAUGGUGUUAUCUACCUCAUCACUAAGUAUGGUUAUUUUCACAUGUAUGAUCUGGAGUCUGGAGUCUGUAUUUACAUGAACCGCAUCAGCGCUGAAACUAUAUUCGUCACGGCCGCUCACGAAAGUACAUCGGGAAUCAUCGGAGUCAACAAGAAGGGACAGGUUCUGUCAGUAUGCGUUGAAGAGGAAAACAUUGUGAAUUACGUGACAAGCGUGCUGCAGAAUCCAGAGCUGACUUUGCGGAUGGCGUUACGCAGCGAUCUUCCUGGAGCUGAAGAGCUUUUCACACACAAGUUCAACACUCUCUUCUCACAGGGAAACUACACCGAGGCGGCUAAAAUCGCUGCUUCAGCUCCAAAGGGCAUUUUGCGUACGGCGGAGACCAUCCGCAGGUUCCAGUCCGUCCCGGCUCAGGGCGCUCAGCCGUCUCCAUUGCUGCAGUAUUUCGGCAUUUUGUUGGAUCGCGGGCAGCUGAAUAAACUGGAGUCAGUGGAGCUCAGCAGACCCGUACUACAGCAGGGACGAGCACAACUGGUGGAGAAAUGGCUCAAAGAAGAGAAGUUGGAGUGUUCAGAGGAGUUGGGCGAUCUGGUGAAAGCCGCUGACAUCACGCUAGCUCUCAGUGUUUAUCUCAGAGCAAACGUUCCGGCUAAAGUCAUUCAGUGCUUCGCUGAGACCGGACAGUUCCAGAAGAUAGUUCUCUAUGCUAAAAAGAUGGCAUAUUCUCCAGACUGGCUGAUGUUGUUGAGGAGCGUGAUGACAUCUGGACCAGAUCAGGGUAUUCAGUUCGCUCAGAUGUUGGUUCAGGAUGAAGAACCGCUGGUCAAAAUCAGCCAGGUGGUGGACGUCUUUAUGGAGGGUAAUCUCAUACAGCAGUGUACUUCAUUCCUACUGGACACUCUGAAGAACAACAGGCAGGAGGAGGGGCCUCUACAGACACGCCUCCUGGAGAUGAAUCUCAUUCACGCCCCUCAGGUAGCAGAUGCGAUUCUGGGUAAUCAGAUGUUCACACACUACGACCGCACUCACAUCGCUCAACUGUGUGAGAAAGCUGGUUUACUGCAGAGAGCGCUGGAGAAUUACACUGACCCCUACGACAUCAAACGAGCCAUCGUACACACACACCUGCUCAAUCCAGAGUGGUUGGUGAAUUUCUUCGGCUCUCUGUCUGUUGGCGACUCUGUCGAGUGUUUAAGGGCAAUGUUAGCAGCUAACCUCAGACAAAACCUGCAGUUGUGCGUUCAGAUCGCCUCUAAAUACCACGAGAAGCUCGGAACGCAAAUACUAGUGGAGCUUUUUGAGUCUUUCAAGAGUUACGAGGGACUGUUUUAUUUUCUGGGCUCCAUUGUGAACUUCAGUCAAGACCCUGAUGUCCAUUUUAAAUACAUUCAGGCGGCGUGUAAGACGGGCCAGAUAAAAGAGGUGGAGCGCAUCUGUAGAGAGAGCAACUGCUACAAUGCUGAACACGUCAAAAACUUCCUCAAGGAAGCCAAACUCACAGAUCAGCUGCCUCUCAUCAUCGUGUGCGACCGCUUUGAUUUCGUCCAUGAUCUCGUACUUUAUCUGUACCGCAACAGCCUGCAGAAAUACAUUGAGAUCUACAUACAGAAGGUAAACCCCAGCCGUCUGCCGGUGGUUGUUGGUGGUCUGUUGGAUGUGGACUGCUCUGACGACACAAUUAAGACUCUUAUUCAGGCAGUACGAGGAGAUUUCAGCACAGACCAACUGGUUGAGGAAGUUGAGAAAAGAAACCGACUGAAGCUGCUGUUGUCAUGGCUGGAGUCUCGUGUUCAGGAAGGAUGUAAAGAACCGGCUACCCAUAAUGCCCUUGCUAAGAUCUACAUCGACAGCAACAACAGUCCUGAGCGUUUCCUCCGAGAGAAUGCGCACUAUGACAGCGCCACAGUGGGGCGCUAUUGUGAGAAGAGAGACCCUCACCUGGCAUUUGUGGCCUAUGAGAGAGGACAGUGUGACCUUGAACUCAUACAGGUGUGCAAUGAAAACUCUUUGUUUAAAAGUGAGUCGCGGUAUCUGGUAAGACGGAAAGAUCCGGAUCUUUGGGCGAAAGUUCUAGAGGAGACCAACCCUUUCAGACGCCCCCUGAUAGACCAGGUGGUUCAGACGGCUCUACCUGAGACACAGGAUCCAGAGGAUGUGUCAGUGACAGUAAAGGCGUUUAUGACGGCAGAUCUGCCUAAUGAACUCAUAGAACUUCUAGAGAAAAUAGUUCUGGAGAAUUCUAUAUUCAGUGAACACAGAAACCUGCAGAACCUGCUGAUAUUGACAGCGAUAAAAGCGGACCGCACACGAGUUAUGGAAUACAUCAACCGUCUGGACAAUUAUGACGCUCCUGAUAUCGCAAACAUUGCUAUUGGCAACGAACUGUAUGAAGAGGCCUUCUCCAUCUUUAAGAAGUUUGAUGUUAACACCUCGGCCAUACAGGUUCUGAUCGAGCACAUCGGGCAUCUGGACCGGGCGUACGAGUUUGCUGAGCGCUGUGGAGAGGGAGUGGUGUGGAGUCAUCUCGCUCAAGCUCAGCUUCAGAAAGGUCUCGUGAAAGAGGCCAUCGACUCUUAUAUCAAAGCUGGAGAACCUUCUGCAUACAUGGAGGUGGUGGAUGCUGCCAGUAGAAACGGUAACUGGGAAGACCUGGUGAAGUUUCUUCAAAUGGCAAGAAAGAAAGCCAGAGAGUCAUAUGUAGAGACGGAGCUCAUCUUUGCUUUGGCCAAAACAAGCCGUCUCACAGAGUUGGAGGACUUUAUAAACGGCCCAAAUAACGCUCAUAUACAACAGGUUGGAGAGCGGUGUUAUGAAGAGGGCAUGUUCGAAGCUGCCCGGCUGCUUUUUAAUAACGUGUCUAAUUUUGCUCGUCUGGCGUCCACGCUCGUUCACCUCGGUGAGUUACAGGCGGCCGUUGACAGCGCGCGCAAGGCCAGCUGCACAGGCACGUGGAAAGAGGUGUGUUUCGCGUGUGUAGACGGCGAGGAGUUCCGGUUGGCACAGAUCUCUGGACUUCACAUAGUGACUCAUGCUGAUGAACUGGAAGAACUCAUUCACUACUACCAGGAUCGCGGUUAUUCUGAGGAGUUGAUCGCGCUGUUAGAGGCGGCGUUGGGUUUGGAGCGUGCCCACAUGGGCAUGUUCACCGAGUUGGCAAUCCUCUACUCCAAAUACAAACCUCAGAGAAUGAGAGAACAUCUGGAGCUCUUCUGGUCCCGAGUCAACAUCCCCAAAGUGUUAAGAGCGGCGGAGCAGGCCCACUUGUGGGCGGAGCUUGUGUUCCUGUAUGAUAAAUAUGAAGAGUAUGACAACGCUAUCAUGACGAUGAUGUCUCAUCCUACAGACGCCUGGAGAGACGCUUCAUUUAAAGAGCUCAUCAGCAAGGUGGCGAAUGUGGAGCUGUAUUAUGAAUCUCUGCGGUUUUAUCUGGAUUAUAAACCACUAUUGCUCAACGAUCUGCUGUCUGUACUCACACCUCGACUCGACCACUCCAGAGCCGUCAACUACUUCAGCAGAGUGAAUCAGUUACGGCUGGUUAAACCGUAUCUCAGAUCAGUACAAAGUCACAAUAACAGAGCUGUGAAUGAAGCGUUAAAUAACCUGCUGACAGAAGAAGAAGACUAUCAGGGUCUGCGAGCCUCUAUAGAUGCGUAUGAUAACUUUGAUUCAAUUGGUUUAGCUCAGAGACUGGAGACACAUGAGCUUAUAGAGUUCAGACGCAUCGCUGCGUAUCUCUACAAAAUUAACCAGCGCUGGACUCAAAGCAUUCAGCUCUGCAAGAGAGACAAACUCUAUAAGGAUGCGAUGUUGUACGCUGCAGAGUCACAGGAUGGUGAUCAGGCUCAGGAACUCUUGCGCUGGUUUGUUGAAGAGGGAAAGCGGCAGUGUUUCGCCGCAUGUCUGUUCAGCUCGUAUGAUCUUUUGACUCCCGAUGUGGUCUUAGAGUUGGCGUGGAAACACGGCCUCAUGGAUUACGCCAUGCCAUACUUCAUCCAGGUGAUGAGAGAAUACCUGAGCAAGGUGGAUGAGUUAGCCAGACAGGUGAAGGUGGAUAAACUACAGGAGGCUGAAAACAAGAGAGCGUCUGAAGACGAGAGCCUUGAACCAACAUCUAUAGUGUAUGGACAACAAUUGAUGUUAACCGGAGGUCAGACGUCAGUCUCACCCCAGCCGGUUUUCCCGAGUUACGGAUACGCUGCUCCAGGAUUCGCUCCUCCAGUUUAUGGCUUCAACGUUCAGCCUUGAGUCCCAUGCAUCCUUCCAGCUAGGACUUCUGGGAAAUGUGUGCCUGUGAGACAGAUGCUCAAACGCUGCAUUCAGGACGCAUGAUGAAAGCUGUCUGUCUGCAUACAAACACGCAGCGCUAAAUAUGUUCGGUUUACUCCGUAUAUUCAUGUUCAGACUCACACAAUCAGCUGCUCGUUAACUUAUGUUUUAAUUUUAAUUUUAUUAGAAGUAUAUAGCACUGAUGACGAGAGAGAGAGGUACCAGUUUGGACGCACCUACUCAUCUAUCGACGGUACUGGAACCUUAUUUUAUUAGUACUGAUUUUCUUCUUUUUGUUCUUUUCCUGUCCUAAAAGUGUCUGGGCAGCAAAAACCGUAAGUCCUGGAGACACCAAAUUUGGCAGAAUGGUCCCAAAUCCCCCCCACUGCUCAGGUGCAAAAACCCACAAUCUGAACCCUAGGUGGCGCUAUAAUACACACUUUUACAUUUUCGCCAAUGAAUUUGCCACUGAAUGGGCUAGAAUCAUGCAAAACAAAACAUGUGUCUCCGAUUUCAUUUCCGUCUAUAACAUUUUCCGCUGUUUUGAGUUUUCCGAAAACAAAUUACCAAACGCUGAGGUUCCGAAUGAUAAAAAUGUAUCAAAAUAAUUUUAAUUCGUCAUAUCGUUCAGAAGAUAAAGAUUGAUAAGUGAAUUUGGGCCACUACCAAACAAUUAAUAGGCUAAUAUCUUCUAAACGAUUUGAUGAAUCAAAAUUAUUUUUAUAACUUUUUGUCAUGAGGGUCUCUAGAUGAUACAUGCACAAUUUUGUUUGAAUCGGACCAACGGUCUUGGAGGAGUUCUGAAAAGUAGGGUUUUCGGAAAACUCGAAAUGGAAAUAAAAUCCGAGAUACGUUU